AUGGAGUUGAGAAGCGGAAGAUUGACCAAAUCGGCCAAAGCCAUUGCCACCGACCGCCGCAAAAGAAAAGAGAAGCAUCGGCAAGUCCGCCGCUGGGUGCUGGAAAAGCACAAAGCGAACCCGGAGAGCGACGAUGACCGAUCCGACGUCGACGGAUCUGACGCCGAGAGUUCCUUAGAGUCAACAACCGUGCGACAGAACUCGCGUAAAGUCAGUGUAUGGAAGCAGAAGGCUUUCUCGGGUGGCCAGCCGGGGCCCCGCGGCGUAACUCUCCGCGGAAUGCUGAGUGUCGCGAGCAGAGUCUACUCUCUCGCGGCCCUUGAGCUAGAUAAGAUGAGCUUAUAUGAUCAUAUAAGCUACAUCUUGUCGGCAAUCAAGGAUCCAGAGACCCCACUUCCAAAGACCAUAGUGUCGAGGGAAGUUGUCGUCAUGGCUCAGCACCAAGAGCACUUCGCGAGAGAGGACCUCGGUGCUCGCUUGGCCCUAAGAGCCGUAAUCUCCAACUUAGAAUUGUUGGAUCUGAGUGAUAGCGUGAAGACGUGCCAGAACUGUUUUGAGAAGUUCCGGCAACCAACGACGCAUUAUCACCCCGACAACAUUGGCAACCGUUUCCUCGGUCCCUGCCAGUACCACCCUGGACAGCUGCGCUCGUGGAACGACCAGCUAGAUCAGGAUGACAAGACCCGACAGCUCGGGGGCGGCUUCCUUAGCGAAGGACGAGUCAAGCUUGAAGAAUUCAAGCUAUGGAUUAGUACCUGCUACUGGGAUUGUUGCGAUGGGAAGCUAUUGGAGGUGGAUCCCGAGGCUGCAAAGCGCAGCCAAAGGAGGAAGAAGGAUCCUCCCAAACCUUGGGAGAUCCCCAACGAGAACGAUGGCAAGGUGGGCUGCACGGCGCUCCCUCGACAUAUCCCAUUUUAG